UGCUUUCUGUGACAGAGGAGCAGCUGGAGGAAAUUGGAGAUGAUGAGCUCGCGUUGUUCGCAAAGAAGAUCAAGCGGUUCAGCAACAACCACAAGGAGAGGUGGAGAAGCAAGAACACCUGCUUCGAGUGUGGCCGGCUGGGUCACUUUGCUGCUGAUUGCCCGAACAAGGAGAAAGGCAAGUACAACUCCCACAAGUACAAGUCCAAGUCCCCCGACAAGAAAAAGAAGAGCCACGAGAAGGGGGGGUCACAAGAACAAGAAGAAGUACAAGGAGGAGUACCGCAAGCAGCGCGCCUUCGCUGCUACCAUGAGCGACCACGACGACUCUACUACUUCCAACGCCACUUCCAGUGACUCAAGUUCAAGCGAAGAGGAAGUCGUCAUCAAGCAGAAGAAGAAGGCCGUCAAGAACUUCAAUGGCCUCUGCUACUUCGCUGCCAACCGGAACUCCAACGGCUACUGCUUGAUGGCCAAGGACUCCAAAAAUGAGAAGAACGACGACAUCAGCGAUUCUGAGAAUGAGUCCGAGGUCGGAGGUCUGGAGGACAUGCGGCUGAUUGAUUCGGGAUGCUCUCGUCAUAUGACCGGAAAUCCUAAAUGGUUCUCCAGCCUCACCCCGGUGAGUACCAAGGAGUACAUCACUUUUGGGGAUAACAACAAAGGUAAGAUCAUCUCUGAAGGUGCGAUCAAGGUGAGUGAUAAUGUUACUCUCAAACGUGUUGCACUUGUUCGACCUCUUGGCUACAAUCUGUUCUCAGUUUCUCAAUUGCUUGAUGAAGGUUUUGAGGUGCGUUUCAAACGUGGUUCUUCACGAAUUCUUGAUUCCCAGGGUGAGCUUGUGUGUAUGAUCAUCCCUGAGGGUCAGAUCUUCCGUGCUGAUUUUUCUACCUCUUUGGGACCUUCUCGUUGUUUGGUUGCAAAUUCUUCUUCUGAGCUUUAGAAAUGGCAUAGGCGACUAGGACAUUUGAGUUUUGAUUUGCCAUCUCGCUUGAGUUCUUUGGAUCUUGUCCGAGGUCUUCCUAAGCUGAAAUUCGAAAAUGAUUUGGUUUGUGCUCCGUGCCGUCACGGGAAAAUGGUUGCUUCUUCACACCCACCUAUGAAUCAGGUGAUGACUGACCACCCUGCUGAGCUUCUACAUAUGGACACUGUUGGUCCUGCUCGGGUGCGUUCAGUUGGCAGAAAAUGGUACGUUCUCGUGAUUGUAGAUGAUUUUUCUUGCUAUUCUUGGGUCUACUUUCUCGAGACAAAAGAUGAAACUUUUGGCUUUGUUCGAGAUCUGAUUUUGAGGUUAAAGACCGAGCGACCAUAUGAUCCCAUUAGAGCUAUUCACAGUGACAAUGGGACAGAGUUCAAGAACGCUCGGUUUAAAACUUUUUGUCGUGAUCUUGGUCUCGAACAUCAGUUUUCUUCUCCCUAUGUGCCUCCUCAGAAUGGGAUUGUUGAGCGCAAGAACCGGACCAUCGUGGAGAUGGCUAGGACGAUGCUCGAUGAGUACAGGACUCCUAGGAAGUAUUGGGCUGAGGCAGUCAAUAGUGCUUGUUACAUUUUGAAUCGGAUUCUCUUGCGUGCUUUGUUGAAGAAAACAUCUUAUGAGCUUAUGAAUCGUCGUGCACCUAAGGUAAGUCACUUGAAAGCGUUCGGGUGCCGGUGUUUUAUCUUGAAACAAGGCAAUUUGGAUAAAUUUGAAUCUCGUUCUUCGGAUGGAAUUCUUCUUGGUUAUGCAGCUCAUAGUCGUGCUUAUCGUGUUUUGAAUCUUGAGACUAAACAAGUCGUAGAAACUUGUGAGGUUACAUUCGAUGAAACUAUGCCUUGCACAACCCCUACUUUUGAGUGUGCAGAUGAACAGGAAUUGGGACAAGACAUCUUUGAGGAAGAAGAAUAAGAAGAGGAUGUAGAAGAUUGUGCUGAUGAAGAUGGGGUCGAUCAAGUUCCAGCUGAUUCACCUGUACAUUCUACCUCGACUACUUUUGUUGAUGGUCCAGAAUCUACAUCCACUACACUAGGACAUCAACAUGAACCCCUACAUGACCAAGUUGAAGAAGAAAUCCAGGAGGAACCAGCUGAGGUUGAGGGGGAGGCUACCUCAGAGCGUCAGGCUCCGCGACACAUUCAGCGACGCCAUCCACCUCAACAAAUGAUCGGUAACCUGCAUGAACGCACCACUAGGUGUGGUACUCAGCAGAUCUCUCAUUUUGCGCAUUCUGCUUUUGCCGCCUCUUUUGAACCCCGAGAUGUUGGACACGCUCUUUCUGAUCCAAAUUGAGUAAAUGCCAUGCAUGAGGAGUUGGAAAAUUUUGAAAGAAACCGGGUUUGGGUUUUGGUAGAACUUCCACCAAACUGUCAUCCUAUAGGAACCAAGUGGGUUUUCAAAAAACAAACAGGGUGAAAACGGUUUGGUUGUUUGAAACAAAGCGAGAUUGGUUGCCCAGGGGUUUUACCAAAAGGAAGUGAUAGAUUAUGAAGAAACCUUUUCUCCUGUUGCCCGUUUGGAAGCCAUUCGAAUUCUUCUUGCCUUUGCUGCUUCGAAAGGUUUUAAGCUUUUUCAGAUGGAUGUCAAAAGUGCUUUUCUAAACGGUUUUAUUGAGGAAGAGGUUUAUGUUAGACGACCCCCAGGUUUUGAAAAUCCCAAACACCCCGACAGUGUUUUCAAGCUCCAAAAGGCUCUUUAUGGUUUGAAACAAGCCCCUCGAGCUUGGUAUGCUCGUUUGAAAACGUUUUUGCUUGAACAGGGUUUUGAAAUGGGUUCGGUUGAUAAAACUCUUUUUCUCCUCAGGCAAGGCAAUGAUAUUCUAAUUGUUUAUAUUUACGUGGAUGAUAUCAUCUUUGGUGGUUCGUCUCAUGCUCUUGUUGCCAAGUUUGCAGAUACUAUGAGCAGGGAGUUCGAGAUGUCGAUGAUGGGGGAGUUGAACUUCUUCCUCGGCCUUCAAAUCAAGCAAAGCAAGGAAGGCACCUUCGUGCAUCAAGGCAAGUACACGAAGGACGUGCUGAAGAAGUUUGACAUGGCCGACGCAAAGCCAUUGUCAACUCCCAUGGUGACGACGACAGCUUUGGAUGCGGAUGAAGACGAAGAGGCGGUUGACCAGAAGGAGUACCGGAGCAUGAUCGGCUCCCUCUUGUACCUGACGGCGACGAGGCCGGACAUACACUUCGCCGUGUGUCUGUGUGCUCGUUUUCAGGCUUCACCAAGAAUCUCUCACCGACAGGCGGUGAAGAGAAUCAUGAGUAGAGCACGCCGGCGGCAUUGUGGCGCCGCGUGAGGGGGUAAUCGAUCUGCCGGUCAGCCGGUGUCCCAGGACGCCGAGUAUGCAGUCUGCGGCCACGGCGUUCUCUGUGUGCACGGGGUACAUGUCCGACGAUGUUGCCGUCGUUGGCCUGGUUGGUGAGGCGGUACUUCAAUUCCCGGCGGCCCUGUUGGUGUCGAAGUCUCGGAGACGGCGGAGAAGAGCGGCGCGCCGGGUGCAAGGUCCUGUCUGUGCAGCAGAGCAGGGUGUCCAUGGGCGCCGCCAAGGUGGACCAGACGACCUGUACGUGCGACACGCACGUGCUAUAUGUCGGUACAUCUAGUAUAGAGGUGAGCGGACAGCUUCUAAUGAUUUUUACCAAGUUCACAACAAUAUCACAGUGUGUUCAAGCCAAACGUAUUGAAACGUCCUAUCUCAUAUAUGUAAACGUGGAUGGUCUAGCUGAGUCUAUGGUCAAAUCCGGCCUUGUCCGGUGUGCCGUGUCGGGCGUAUGUCCUGUUCUUGUACGUAUGGAUUCUGUUUCUAUAAACAUAUUGGAACGUGUUGCGGUGUGCA